GAAUGCAAUCAUGAGCAAUCGAUCGUGAGAAUUAUAACAGAUGUAAACUGAAGGUUAUAAAUUGUAAACUUUUGCGACAUAAUUUAUUAUUCAUAAUUUUUCUGAUUAUAGUUAAACCGUUAGAGAUAUUGUUUAGAAAGAAAUAGUGUUAUUUGAUGAUGAGAGUUCUUGUGUUAUUAUGUCUAUGUUUUACCAUUUGUGUUGGUCAGAAUCGACGUUGCUCAUCGCCAUCCAAUGAGGACAUUAAACCAUGCACAUGCAUGCAAGACUCUGGAAACAGACUAUAUAUUUAUUGCGAAGGACUUAGCUCAUUAGACGAGUUACGCAGCGCCGUAAAAGGAAUGAAAAAUUUAAAAAUUGACACUUUGGAAUUGUCUAAAUCGAACAUUGGCACUCUUCCUGCUGACAUUUUCAAAGAUGUAGAAAUACAAAUUUUGACUAUCAAGUUUACCACUCUCACUAGCCUCAGUGAAAGUCUUAAUCGACCCCCUUAUUUAGGACUUGAGAGCUCCCUUGAAAAAAUUGAAAUAAGAGAUUGUUUCAUCGAUGACAGUAAUCCACUCACCAGAUUGUCGUUUGCUCACUUGAAAAAAUUAACUGUUAUUCAACUUGAAGGCAACAUUAUUCCAACUAUAGGUAACGAUAUGUUCGAGAGUGGACCGUAUGGAGUAAAAGAACUGUACCUCCUGCAAACAGAUCCUAAAAUCCUGGGAAGUCAUGCAUUCUCUUCGUUGCCGAAUCUUCGAAAAAUCAGUCUAACUGGUGGAGCCUUUACGCAGAUUUCGCGAAAAGUUUUCCCUGAACCAGCUACAUUCCUCGAGUCAAUAGAUUUAAGCAAUAACAAGCUUGCUUCAACUCCUGUUGACUUGUUCACCAGAAUGCCUUCUCUGAAUGAGGUACUCUUCGAUAAUAAUAAUCUGAUUACCAUCAAUGAAAUCUCUUUUGCUCCAGUCUGGACUCAAUUGCGGCAUGCCUUCUUCUACGGUAAUCCAUUAGAUUGCAAUCAGAAUAUGAAGUGGAUUUUCCAGUAUCGUUUACCCGAAUCAUUGAGAGGUCAUUGUGCUGCUCCUCCCGAUUUACGUGGAGCAACUCUAACUAACCUUACAUUAACUGAUUUUAAUUAAAAUUCCUUUCACUACGGUGAGAUUUUAUUACGUUUCAUUUGUGUACAUAUAAUUAUGUAAAUGUUUUCUUUUGUAUAGAGUGUAUUAAAAUAAAUGUAAAUAUGUUUGAUUUUA